UCUUGCGAGUUGAUGGCUAACUUAAGAAAAGGUGCAGCGACUUCGGACGUGAUUGAUAAGCGACACCUGUUGACAAACUCAGCAACUACAAAGAUGGAUCUCCGCCUUUUCAGACCAAAGUACACUAACACCGCAGGUGUGUUUACUACAUCAGAUGGGUUAUCAAUACUUGAUUCCCUUUCAAGUCCUUAUGAAGCAGGUUUACUUUGUACACAGUGGCUUUGUAAAUGAUUGACUAAAUAACUCAUAACCGCGCCGUUGUGGAAACGUCACAGAUUGUCAUGUUUGGCUAUCGCGAUGCAUUCUGGUCAGGGUCACUUGCUGGACCAUAUUACGACAUUCGGUGAAAGCUGAACUGAAUGCCCCCGUCUGAGAUAGCUAUCUCAACAGUGAAAAAGAAGACCACGAACAGUAUAUAGGGUUUUACGCACCAUCCAAUCACAGCAAGUCUACAAUGAUGACGUUUCUCGUCAUCUUACUGGUUGCCAUGGUGACGGCGUCCUCAGCGUGUCCGUCAGUUUGCAGAUGUACCGGCACAAGAGCAGACUGUAGCCGGGCGCACCUGACUGCCAUCCCGUCAGAUCUCCCCCACAACACCACCGAACUCAUCCUCCGGGAGAACACCAUCACCAACAUCAACAACAACACUGCACUCCUCACCCUGAAGAACCUCUCAUCCCUAGAUCUACAGGACAACCUCAUCAGUGUUGUUGUCUCUCACUCGUUUCCAGGUCAUUUACAGAAGCUGAAUUUGGCAAAGAAUUCCUUCCAGUGCUCUGAACAAGAUUUUCUUAACCUAGAAUCUCUUCAUAAUCUCAAAGAGCUUGAUUUGUCUUAUAACAACAUAGAAGUGUGCAUACCUGACAAUUUUCCUACCAGUCUCCAAGUACUUCGUUUGGAUAAGAUAGCUUAUCAUGGCAACUUAACUCUGGGUCCCCGACAGUUUGAAAACCUAACGGCUCUCACGCUGCUGUCCCUCGAGCAAAAUGAUAUAGUAAACUUUCCUAGCGAAGCCCUUGGAAAGCUGUCAACUCUAACAGAUCUCUCCUUGGCGAGAAACAAGCUGAGAUUUCUCGAUGAUUUGGUCUUACCCAGCUCUGUGAAACUUCAGCUUCUGGAUCUAAGCUUCAAUGAAUUGAGCCAAAUCAGUACCCACAGUUUUAGUGGUAUUGAAAAGUCUUUGUUGAAAUCACUAUCUCUUUCUGGUAAUAAAAUCAAGACUAUAGCUCCGUCGGCCUUUUCUCAAAUGCCGCAGUUGAAGAAUCUUACCAUGGACCAAAACCCAUGGCAUUGUGGAUGUGAUUUGCUCCCUUUCCGAGAAUGGUUAGAAAACGUUACUGUUCGGGAGUUACUUGGAAUCACUAAGGGGCACGCUCUGAACUGUGAGUCUCCCGAAGACUUGAAAGGCCGGAUGGUGAGUGAGGUACCCCUGCAUUACUUCUGUAGCAACACUACUGUUCCUCCCUCAACCACCCUGCAUCAGACGACAAUCCCCUCUAACGUUACCAUGGUAACCGUCUCUAAUGUCUCCACUAUGAAUCCUCUGACGUUACCACCAGAUAAGAGGCUAUUCAACUUCAGCAUUGACAGAAUUUCCGAGCAAACUGUGCAGCUAUCAUGGGCCUGCAGUGAUCCUAAUAUUGUAUUUCAGGUUUCUUGGAGUUCCAAACAUUCUUCCAUGAGUUACAGUGGUUGGGAAAAAGGAACUUCCUUUGGCAUUGACAAUCUUCUUCCAAAUACAAAAUAUCAUAUUUGUCUCAUGGCGAUGGUUGAAAAGGCAGCAACAGGAUCCGGAAAGGAAGUGCAGUCGUCGUGUAUGUCAAUCAUAACCACUGCUAAGCAUGAUGGUCUAGCGGGAGCUGGUCUGGGAUUGGCUGUUGCCUUUCCCAUCUGCUGUCUUGUGAUUGGUGGAUUGGGUGUUUUUGUUGGUCGUCGAUUUUGUGAAAGAAAGAGUGGUGGUUAUCAGAGCUUCAAUGCCCAAGUCUAAAAUACAUACAACAAAUUGAUAAUUGAGUACAUGUACAUAUUAUGUUGACUAGAACAGGCAUCUCCUCCAUUCUUACAAACAUGUUAUUUCCUAGAAUUACCAUUGUUUGUUUAAGAAGAUCUAGAUGCUGAAAGUUUCUUCACCUUGACAAUGUGUAAAGAGUCAAUUUAUAUUCUGUGCAUUCUCCUACGUAGAUAUUUGAAAGUAGAUUCGAUCCCGCGUCUUGGAACACUGUCCGAUUCGUGCACAUAGGAGUUUCUUCGACGCAGAUUCAGUUAUGUAUGUAGUAGGAGAAUGAUUCAAUGCAAACCAUAUUCUUUUGUCAUUGUACAUAAGAAGAUAGAAAUCAUGAUCGGUAAUGACUUGGUUUACUGUAGUGAAUAGUCAAACCGAAAUAUGUCCGUCUACCUGCCUAAGUGUCUAUGCCAGGGACUAAUACUUUAAUUCUUUUCGUAAGGUUCCUGACAUAGAUAUGUUGCAAAAUUUAAAAAAAAAUCAAAGAUACAAAAAUGGAAACUGUGUAUAUAUUCCGUUGAAAGGCGGAAUUGUAACUGUAAUUGAAUCACCAGAUUUCAAAUCAAUCGUUGCAAUAUCUCAUUAAAAGCUUCCACGAGGCAAAAGACUCCA